UGUUUUGAGAGGUUGGAUAAAGAUAAAGCGACAAUUCUGAUAAACCCCACCUUGUAACACUCCAUUCUUUCAAGGGUUUUAGAACUGAUCUUUCAGUUCCUGCUUCAUCUUGAUUUUGCUUCAGUUUUUUCAACAGAAAUCUAAAACAAAAAGGCUGACGCUGGCUCAUUUUUCUUGUGAUAGCAAUACAAAUAGAGAGUGCAUCAUAUGGCGAGUCUCAUAACAAUGCCUGCUUUAAGCCACUUAUCCACCAACACGAGCAGCAUACAACGAAGAAAUUUGUGUGCAACGUCCAGGAGAUGUCGAGGAGUUAGAGCAUUGAUGACAGAGAAACCACUGGAGGAUUUGUAUCACGUGAGAGUUGAGAGAGAUGUGACAAAAGAUCGACUAAUGGAGCUUGGAGUUCCACGAUGGUCAAUGUGGAAAACUGGCAAAUGCAAGUUACCUUGGGAUUGGCAUGUAGAUCAGUUGGUUUACAUUGAAGAAGGUGAAGUAAGGGUGGUACCUGAAGGAAGCAAAAGAUUUAUGCGGUUUGUGGCAGGAGACCUUGUUCGGUAUCCAAAAUGGUUUGAAGCUGAUCUCUAUUUCAAUGACUUCUACCAAGAGCGUUAUAGCUUUCGAGCAUAUGGAGAUGACUAGUGAAUUUAUUUCCUGCAACUUCCCGGGUUUUCUAGUGCAGUUCACUUAUUAGUAAUCUGUUUCAUAAGCAUCUUCUGAUUGCUGUCUUUGUAAUACAAAUAGUAGAACAUGGUCUAUCUAAAUGGUAUGGUGGCCAGAUAACAUUCAAUUCAGUAGUGGUAUGAAUGAUUAUCUAUGCACUGGUCAAUUCCGAUAUAAAUUUUGAAUACAACCUUCCAUCUUUUCCUCUCA